AUGGAGGUGAUCGCAACGCCUCCUCUGCGCGCUGCCGCGCCGUCGCCGAGCCAAUGGCAAGAUGGAGGACGGCCGAGGCUGCGUGCGGCCGUGCGGUGCGGCUGUGCUGUCUCGGGACGACCGGUCGUCAGCGGCGCCACUCAUCCCCCCUUCCUUCCCGCACUUCCUUCCCGCCCUUCCUUCCCCCCUUCCUUCCCGCACUUCCUUCCCGCACUUCCUUCCCCCCCUUCCUUCCCGCCCUUUCUUCUCCUGUUGCAGGAGAUUUCCUCGUGCCAGACUCCCAUUGGCGCGGAGGGGGAGGCGGAGGAGGGGGAGGUCGAGGGGGAGGGUGAGAUGAGCGCGGGAAUGGGGGCAGGGGAGGUCGAUGAUAGGGGUUGGCGGACGGCGGAGGAGAAUCGGCGGGAGGCAGAGGCAGUGCGCGCAGCAGUGGAGUAUAGAGACGCCGAGGAGUUUCUUAGAAUGGAUAUAAAGGAAUCCGCAAAUCCAAACUACCUCGCGUCGCACCAGUCGUACCCCUCCCCCUUCAUCUACAUCCGCCCCGUCUGCUCGCGCCCCAACGAGGGGGAGCGCUUCCCCCGCGCGCGCAACUUGCUCGUGGGCAAGGCGGACCCGCUGGAGCGCGUGCGCGCACACAUGGCGCGCGCCGAGGGGCACGAGUACGUGCCUGUGGGGAUGAGGGAUGGCGGAGAGGGGAGCGGGGGGGAGGAGGAUGAGGAAGUGUGA